AUGUUCUUGCUCAAUGGGGACUAUGUCUGGUUGGACCACAGAACAGGCCGUGAGUUUGACGUCCCUUUUGGCGCCGUGGUCAAACUCUGUGACUCUGGCCAUAUCCAGGUCUUGGAUGAUGAAGGAAAGGAGCACCGGAUUUCUCUUCAGAAUGCAACAAACAUCAAGCCCAUGCAUCCAACCUCCAUUCAUGGGGUGGAGGACAUGAUCCAUCUCGGGGACCUGAAUGAAGCUGGUAUCCUCAGAAAUCUCCUGAUCCGUUACAACGACAGGGUUAUAUAUACGUACACAGGAUCAAUCCUGAUAGCAGUAAAUCCAUACCAGCUCCUGCCCAUCUACACACCUGAUCACAUCCGCCUCUACACAAACAAAAAGAUAGGAGAGAUGCCACCACACAUCUUUGGCAUUGCAGACAACUGCUACUUCAGUAUGCAAAGAAAUAACAAGGACCAGUGCUGUAUUAUCAGUGGUGAGUCUGGAGCUGGGAAGACGGAGAGCACCAAGCUUAUCUUACAGUUCCUGGCAGCUAUCAGCGGCCAACACUCCUGGAUUGAGCAGCAGGUCCUGGAGGCCAACCCUAUUUUAGAAGCAUUUGGUAAUGCCAAGACCAUACGCAAUGACAACUCCAGCCGGUUUGGAAAAUACAUAGACAUUCACUUCAACAAGCGAGGAGCUAUCGAGGGGGCAAAGAUCGAGCAGUACCUGCUGGAGAAAUCAAGAGUUUGCAGACAGGCAGCUGAUGAGAGGAACUACCAUAUAUUCUACUGUAUGCUGGCAGGCAUGAGCCCUGAUCAGAAGACUAAACUAGGCCUGGGCCUGGCCACAGACUACAAUUAUCUUACUAUGGGAAACUGUACAGUCUGUGAUGGGAGGAAUGAUAUGAAGGAGUACUCCAGCAUUCUGUCAGCCAUGAAGGUCCUGAUGUUUACUGACACUGAAAACUGGGAGAUCUCCAAACUGCUGGCUGCCAUCCUGCAUAUGGGCAACCUGCGCUUUGAAGCUCGAACACUGAAGAACCUGGAUACCUGUGUGGUGGUUGGCUCACCUGCCCUGGCCAAAGCAGCCACGCUGUUAGAGGUGGACCCUCAGGACGUCAUGACAUGUCUGACCACACGUACACUGAUCACCAGGGGUGAAAGUGUGUCCACCCCUCUCAGCGUGGAGCAGGGGCUGGAUGUCCGUGACGCCUUUGUCAAGGGAAUCUAUGGCAGGUUAUUUGUGUGGAUAGUGGAUAAAAUCAAUGCCGCCAUCUACAGGGCUCCUUCCACAGAAAACAAGACUGUUCGCAGGUCUAUAGGCCUGCUCGACAUCUUCGGCUUUGAGAAUUUCACUAUUAACAGUUUUGAGCAACUGUGCAUCAACUUUGCAAACGAGAACCUGCAGCAAUUCUUCGUUCACCACGUUUUCAAGCUGGAGCAGGAGGAGUACAACCUGGAAGAUAUCAACUGGCAGCACAUCGAGUUCACUGACAACCAGGAUGCCUUGGAUAUGAUUGCCAUCAAACCUAUGAAUAUCAUUUCCCUUAUUGAUGAGGAGAGCAAGUUCCCAAAGGGAACAGAUGCUACCAUGCUGAACAAGCUAAACUCCCAGCACAAACUUAAUACCAACUACAUCCCUCCUAAGCACAGUCACGAGACCCAGUUUGGCAUUCAGCACUUUGCUGGAGUGGUGCACUAUGAAACUAAAGGUUUCCUGGAGAAAAACCGGGACAGCCUCCACAGUGACAUCAUCCAACUCGUGCACUCAUCCAAAAACAAGUUCAUCAAGCAGAUCUUCCAAGCUGAUGUUGCUAUGUUUCUGUGUGGCUAUUUGGAGCCCACUGCAUCCCUUCAAAAGGGAAUGGAGACAAGGAAGCGUUCCCUGACUCUGAGCAGUCAGUUUAAGCGCUCACUCGAGCUGCUCAUGAAGACACUGAGUGUGUGUCAGCCUUUCUUUGUGCGCUGUAUCAAACCCAAUGAGCUCAAAAAGCCCAUGAUGUUUGAUAGAGGACUGUGUGUCAGGCAGUUACGCUACUCUGGGAUGAUGGAGACCAUCCGCAUACGCAGAGCUGGAUAUCCCAUACGCUACACAUUCGCUGAGUUUGUGGACCGUUAUCGGGUUCUUAUGCCUGGGGUCAAACCAGCCUACAAACAGGAAGAUCUGCGAGGGACCUCUCAGCACAUUGUUGCAUCAGUUCUGCAGAGAGAUGAUGACUGGCAGAUAGGAAAGACAAAAAUCUUUCUGAAGGAUCAUCAUGACAUGCAGCUGGAAACUGAAAGAGAUAAAGUCUUCACUGACAAGGUCAUUUUCAUCCAGAAGACUGUGAGAGGUCUGAAAGAGAGAGCUAAAUUCCUAAAGGUUAAAAAGGCUGUGACAUUAAUCCAGCGAAUAUGGAGAGGCUACAUCUCUCGAAAGCACUACACUGUGAUGCGUCUAGGUUUCUUGCGGCUCCAGGCCUUGUAUAGGUCACGGAAGUUGUACCUUGCGUACCAAGCAUCCAGGACACGCAUCACUCUGCUCCAGGCCUGGUGCCGUGGCUUCCUGUUGCGGCGGACGUUCUCAAAGCGCUUCCAUGCGGUGCUGACAAUCCAGGCUUAUGCACGAGGAAUGAUAGCACGUAGAUUGUGCAAUCGUCUCAGAAUGAAGAGGGAGCGACGGUUAGAAGCCGAGCGGCAGUGUCUGGCUGAAGAGGAGCGUCUGAAGAACCAGAUGACUGCACGCAGGGCUCGAGCAGAAGCAGAGAGGAAGCACCAGGAGCUUCUGGCACAGCUCGACCAAGAGCAGAAGGAGAGAGAGCAGGCAGAGCGGGAUGAGACACGAAGGAAAAAGGAGCUUCUGGAGCAGAUGGAGAGAGAAAAACAGGAGCCAGUCAACGACUCUGACAUGGUGGACAAGAUGUUCGGAUUCCUGGGCAGCGCCAACUCUCUUCCCAACCUGGAGGGCGAAGCACCAGAAGGGUUUGAGGAUCUCGAGAAAGUUCCAAAACAGUUUGAGGAAGUCAUUGAUGAACCUCUUCCACUUCCUGAUGAUGAAGAGGAAGACUUAUCAGAGUAUACGUUUGCAAAGUUUGCUGCAACCUACUUCCAGGGAAAUGCCACACAUACGUAUAUACGGCGGCCACUGAAACAACCUCUGCUGUUUCAUGAGGAUGAAGGAGAUCAGCUAGCUGCCCUGGCUGUGUGGAUCACUGUUUUGAGGUUUAUGGGAGAUCUCCCUGAACCCAAAUAUCAUAUCAGCAUUAGUGACGGCAGUGAGAAUAUUCCAGUUAUGACUAAAAUCUAUGAGACAUUAGGGAAGAGGACCUACAAAAGUGAGCUGCAGGCCCUGCAGGUGGAACAAGAGAUGGUGACCAGACGGCUAACCGACAGCAAUUACAGUCUCCAGGGAAACAGCAUGCUGGAAGACCGACCCACCUCCAAUUUAGAAAAGCUCCACUUUAUCAUUGGCAAUGGCAUAUUACGCCCUGCUCUCAGAGAUGAGAUCUACUGUCAAAUCUGUAAACAGCUGAGCCAGAAUACAUCCAAAAGCAGCCACGCCCGCGGCUGGAUCCUGCUAUCCCUCUGUUCUGCCUUCCUCCCUCCUAAAAAAAAAUCAAAUCAAAAAAAAAAAAAAAACUUUUUCUAGCUAUAUCUGCGGACAUUCAUUAACAGCGGCCCGUCUGGUUAUGCGCCUUAUUGUGAGGAGAGACUGAGGAGAACAUUUGCGAAUAAGACAAGGACUCAGCCUCCUUCUUGGCUUGAGCUGCAGGCCACUAAAUCUAAGAAACCCAUCAUGUUGCCAGUGACCUUCAUGGACGGCACUACAAAGACCCUGCUCACUGACUCUGCCACCACAGCUGAAGAGCUCUGCAAUGCUCUGUCAGACAAAAUCGCCCUGAAGGAUCGCUUUGGCUUCUCCUUAUACAUUGCUCUUUUUGAUAAGGUGUCAUCACUAGGCAGUGGAAAGGAUCAUGUGAUGGAUGCCGUGUCACAGUGUGAGCAGUAUGCUAAAGAGCAGGGCGCUCAGGAGCGCAACGCCCCCUGGAGGCUGUUCUUCAGGAAGGAAAUCUUCAUGCCCUGGCACAACCCUGCCGAGGACAGCGUGGCCACUAACCUCAUCUACCAACAAAUUGUGCGUGGGGUAAAAUUCGGGGAGUACCGCUGCUAUAAGGAGGAGGACCUGGCCGAGCUGGCCUCUCAGCAGUACUAUGUGGACUAUGGGUCAGAAGUCCUACCAGACCGUCUUCUGAGUCUUAUUCCAUCCUACAUACCAGACAGAGAAAUUACUCCAUCCAAGACAGUGGAAAAAUGGGCCCAAAUGAUCAUAGCAACUCACAUAAAGGGAAUCUACACGCAGAAGAGGUUUGACUCGCAGAGAGUGAAGGAAGAGGUGGUGGAUUUUGCUCGAUUUAAGUGGCCUUUGCUUUUUUCCCGCUUUUAUGAGGCCUUCAAAUUCUCAGGGCCUAGUCUCCCAAAGAAUGAUGUUAUAGUGGCAGUGAACUGGACCGGAGUCUACUUUGUGGAUGAGCAGGAGCAGGUCCUUCUAGACCUUUCUUUCCCAGAGAUCACUGCAGUCUCCAGCAGCAGAGGUGGAAAGCUGCAGGGACAGAGCUUCACUCUGGCCACUAUUAAAGGAGAUGAGUACACCUUCACAUCCAACAAUGCCGAAGACAUCCGUGACCUAGUUGUCACCUUCCUAGAGGGCCUGCGCUCUAGGUCAAAGUUUGUGGUGGCCCUGGUGGACAGCUAUUACCCUGCUGGACAUGACUCUUCUUUCCUGAGAUACUCAAAGGGAGAUCUGAUCUUUCUGGAUGAGCACACAGGAGAGCAGGUCCUGAAUUCAGGCUGGGCUCACGGGGUCAAUGAUAGAACCAAAAAAAGAGGAGACUUCCCUGCAGACAGCGUCUAUGUGCUGCCCACCAUCACCAGGCCACAGUAUGAUAUUGUGUCAUUGAUUACCAUGUCCCCAGACCAGCGUAAGGACUCCAUCAGUUUGUCCCAUAGAAUCACUGACAGUGGGGAGAAGGUUCAGCCGUACACUCUAGAGGAGUUCUCUUAUGAUCACUUCAGACCGCCUUCCAAGAGCACACUGAGUCGUGUGAUCAUCAAGGAGGGGAAGGAUAAACUGUGGUGUUGCACCAGAGAACCUCUCAAACAGCCUUUGCUGAAAAAAGUCCUCAAUCAUGAAGAGCUGUCCCAGGAUGCCCUCCAGGCCUUUAUUGCUAUCAUGAAGUACAUGGGCGACUACCCCUCGAAGAGGAGCCGUUCAGUCAAUGAGCUCACUGAUCAGAUCUUUGAGGAAGCUUUAAAGGCUGAACCUCUGAAGGAUGAAAUCUUCUGUCAGAUCAUCAAGCAACUGACCGAGAAUCAUGUGAAAUACAGUGAGGAGAAGGGUUGGGAGCUUCUCUGGCUCUGCACUGGGCUUUUUCCUCCCAGUAACAUGUUGCUUCCUCAUGUCCAAAAGUUCCUGCAAUCCAAGAAACAUCAACCAAUCACUCCCAUAACUCACACAGAAACAUAAAAAAACCCAUCUCCAACGAUCCAAAAAUAAACAAACCAACCAUCUCCAAUGUUUCACUGAAUUCCUUUAAAACAUUUUUUGCUCACGGACAGAAAUGGAUCCAGAAAGUAUCCUCCUCACCUUGUAGAAGUGGAGGCCAUUCAACACAAAACUACCCAGAUCUUUCACAAAGUGUACUUCCCUGAUGACACUGACAAGUUAACCCUUCUCAUCAUCUACGAGAAAACAGACAGAAUUGCUUUUGAAGUUGAAUCGAGCACAAAAGCCAAAGAUUUCUGUCUGAACAUCGCUGGCAGAAUGAUGCUCCAGUCUUCUGAAGGCUUCAGCUUGUUUGUCAAAAUAUCUGACAAGGUGAUCAGUGUGCCAGAAGGAGAUUUCUUCUUUGACUUUGUUCGACAUCUGACAGACUGGAUCAAAAAAGCCAGAGUUGUGAAAGAUGGCACAGUGCCUUCACUGACCUACCAAGUGUUUUUCAUGAAGAAACUGUGGACCAACACCAUUCCAGGCAAAGAUCCCAUGGCCGACUCCAUUUUCCAUUACUUCCAGGAGCUCCCAAAGUAUCUGCGUGGCUACCACAAGUGCUCUCUUGAAGAGGUGUUCCAGCUGGCUGCGCUCAUUUACAGAGUGAGGUUUGAAGAGGACAAAUCACAGUUUCAUAACUUCACCAAGAUGCUGAAGGAGCUGCUUCCUCAGGACAUGAUACAUCAGCUGUCGCCCGACGACUGGAAACGGCCUGUCGUUACGUACUUCAAUAAACAUGCAGGGAAAUCUCGAGAGGAAGCCAAAAAAACAUUUACAAAAAUCAUACACAAGUAUCCUACUUUUUUAAAAUCAAUUCAAAUGUCCUAUUUUCUCCCACAGCAAUCCUCAGAUCCAAAUUUCCCAGAGGUCCUCUUGAUAGCAAUCAACAAGCAUGGUGUUACUCUCAUUGACCCAAAAACAAAGGACAUAUUUGGCACACACCCCUUCACCAAAAUCUCUAACUGGAGUAGUGGACAUACCUAUUUCCACAUUACCAUUGGUAACCUGGUUAGAGGCAGCAAACUGCUGUGCGAGACUUCACUGGGAUACAAGAUGGACGAUCUUCUCACGUCUUACAUCAGUCAGAUGUUGACGACCAUGACCAAGCAGCGCAGUUCACGUGUAAAUAAUAAGUAACAUGAAAGGCUUGUAAUAGCGCACUGUUUAUUUAUAAGCACACAGACUCAGUUCUUACUACAUCCUAGAUUCAUAAUUUUGAUACAUGAAGAUAAACUGAAUCUGCUUUUAGUGUCGUUACUUUUUCAUGCUGGAGCCUUGAUUGUAAAUUGUGAGUUCAGUUUAUUUUCUAGCAUUUCUCAGUCUUUUAAUGUCAAUGAAGAACAUGAUAAAUUUACAGUCAAAAACACUUGUUGCCUUUAAGUUUUAGGCCCUUGUAUGGUUUUACUCUGAUACCAAAUUGAAAAAAAAAAUGUCUAUUAAGUCAGAUCAAGUUCAUGAUUUCAGUUAUUUAAUUUGUGAAUGAUUUGCACAUCUCAUUUUGCCAAUUAAAUGCAUUAUAAAGAUAUGGAAAUGUUGCAGAAUUUGGUUUUGCUCCUUAGCCUAAAGAAUUAUAAAAGAAGAUUCUCAUCCUGGUCAUUUUUUGACCUCUAGGUCACCACUUAUUGAACUGAUUGAUACAUUAAUGAAUUUACUAACGAAAUGAUAACAAAAUUUAAUUCAGUCUAAAAAUAUAUCCUCUUAAUUUUUCUGAAUAGUAUUAUUUUAUUACCUUUGUAAAUGCUUGACCAGGUAUUUCAGAGAUGCAUAUUAGAAAGUGUCUUAUAAAUUAAAUGAUCAGUUACAUGACAACAAUCAUUAUAAUUUAUACACAAGAUUGGACAUUGUCCAAGUAUUUAUUCUUUUUUUUUUUUUUUUUUUUUAGAAUGUAUUUAUGUAUUGCUAGAUUGUAAUUCUGGUCAUUCCAAUUUUCUUGUGUUGGAAGCUGCUGUUUGUAAAUAAAACAAUAACAUAUGAGAUAGCUUGGCAAUUUUAAUGAGAUUCGUGACAUGCUAUAUUAUUGAUCAAUGAUUCACAAUCAUAUGAUCAAUCACUUGACAAUUAGAUCAUUUGAAUGGAACAUCUGGGACAUUUCCCAUUUUUAGUUCAAGUUUUUCAACUAAUAAUUAUA